AUGACGACCGGCAGCAUCAACGGCAACGAUGGCGUUGCACCCUCUCUUGAUGUGGCCGUCGUGGGCGGUGGAAUCAUCGGUGUCAUGACGGCCAUCGGCCUGCGUCGCCGGGGCAUAAACGCAGUCAUCUACGAGAGGGCGCCGACCUGGCACGAGGUCAGCGCCGGGUUUUCCUUCACGGGCGCGGCGCGGGUGUGGAUGGAGCAGAUAGACCCGGCCCUCCUCGAGCUGCUGGGCAGCAUCAGCCAGAAGACGGACGCCAGCAGCAGCAACGCCUACUGGAAUGGCUACCACCCGCGCACCCGAGAGGAGGCCGAGGAUGCGUCCAAGUCGCUGCUUUUCCGGACGCGGAUCGACAACCUCGAUUUCUGGGGCUGCGUGCGCUCGCAGUUCCUGAACGGCAUGGCGGCCCUCCUGCCCGAGGGGGCGGUGAGGUUUGGGAAGCGGCUCGUGAGCUACGACGAUGACGAGCAGAACGGCAAGGUCCUUGCGCACUUUGACGACGGUAGUACGGCCGAGGCCCAUGUCCUGCUUGGGUGUGACGGCGUCCAUUCGACGACGCGGAGAGUGCUGCUGGGCGCCGACCAUCCGGCCUGCCGGGCGGGCUUCAGUCACACCGUUGCCUACCGCACCAUGGUUCCCAUGGACGUGGGCAUCGCCGCCCUGGGCAACAAGGUGGCCAGGAACGCCUGCAAUCACCUGGGGCCAGGCGCAGACCUGCUGGUGUAUCCGGUCAUGUCCGGGACGCUUCUGAACAUGGCCGUCUUCGCCCACGACGCCUCCGAGUUUCCCGACCCCGACAAGAUGGCGGUGCCGGCCGCGCGAAGCGAGAUCGAGCAGCUGUUCAGGGGCUGGAGCCCGCCGCUCGCCGACAUUUGGAAGCUGUUUCCGGAGAAGACGGUCAAAUGGGGCAUCUUUGACCUGGAGCAAAACCCGCCGCCGACGUACGCGCGCGGCCGGGCCUGUCUUGUCGGCGACGCGGCGCACGCCAGCACGCCGUACCUGGGCGUCGGCGCCUGCACCGGCGUCGAGGACGCCCUGGUCAUCUGCACGCUCCUGCAGGCCGUGCAGCAGAGGGCCCUCGGCGGCGAGGCGCUGCGAGAGGCGCUGACGGACGCGCUGCAGACGUACAACCGCGCCAGGCUGGACCGCGGCCGCUGGAUACAUCACCACUCGCGCGACAUGGGCCAGCUGUAUCAUUGGAGGUACGGCCCGACGGGGCGCGACCCGGAGCGGAUGAAGCGGAAGCUCGAGGAGAACUGGGCCGCCGUCGUCACCUACGAUGUUUUGGCGUCGUUGCAGCCUGACGCCGUGCGAACCGGCAUGGCCUAG